UCGAACAGCCACUUCCGUUCUUUUUGAUCGUGAAGUGUAACCAUGGCGGUCGGCAAAAAUAAGGGUGUCUCUAAAGGAGGCAAGAAAGGUUCGAAAAAGAAGGUUGUGGAUCCGUUCACGCGCAAGGACUGGUACGAUGUGAAGGCCCCGAACAUGUUCAAGAACCGCCAGGUCGGUAAAACUCUGGUUAACCGUACCCAAGGCACACGCAUCGCUUCUGACGGUCUGAAGGGCCGCGUGUUUGAGGUGUCGUUGGCUGACCUGCAGAAUGAGCCCGAUGCGGAGAGAUCUUUCCGCAAGUUCAAGCUGGUGGCCGAGAGCGUGAAUGGCCGUGAUGUUCUUACCAACUUCCACGGUAUGGACCUGACGACCGACAAGCUGCGAUCCAUGGUCAAGAAAUGGCAGACCCUGAUCGAGUGCUCGGUUGAUGUAAAGACCACCGAUGGCUUCGUGCUGCGCGUGUUCUGCAUCGGAUUCACCAUCAAGGAUUCGAUGUCGCAGCGCAAGACCUGCUACGCUCAACACUCGCAGAUCAAGAACAUCCGCGCUAAGAUGACGGCCAUCAUCAAGCGUGAGGUCACCAGCACGGAUCUGAAGGGUGUCGUGGAGAAACUGCUGCCCGAUUCGAUCGCCAAGGAUAUCGAGAAGGCAUGCCAGGUUGUGUACCCCCUGCACGAUGUCUACAUCCGCAAGGUGAAGGUACUGAAGAAGCCGCGAUUUGAUCUGGCCAGCCUGAUGGAACUGCACGGCGAUGGUGGUGGUAAGGCUGCUGAAGUGUCGACCGGUGCGGCUUCCGGUGUCGUCGUCGACCGCCCAGAAGGCUACGAACCUCCAGUGCAGACGUCUGUUUAAGCAUCGGCGGUGGUUUGUGGAGGGGUGGUGAAAUAUGUCAACUUGCCGUUCAUCUGCUGGAUGUGUGGUGUGGUUUGGCUCAUACAGAAGUAUAAUUUCCGACAAGAAUAGGGUUGCCGGCGUUUGGACAGGAAGCAACAUGGAGGCCCGCAACAAUUAAGAAAGGAAACAGAAUACAACAUUCGAGAGUACACAGGAAAA